ACAUGGACACAAAUAUAUUUCAUUUCUCAAUAAAAAAGAACAUCAUAAGAAUGAGGAAGCGCUGGUAAUAUAUGCAAGUAACGCAACCGAAGACAAAACCCUCUUAUUUCAGUGCAUAUUAGGUAUUCCACGGAUAAUCCAUAGUUGCAGCCGUUUUCGCCAUGGCUAACUCAUGUGGGACAGUGGAGAUGGCGUCAUUGGAAUGUGCUGCCUCGAAUCUGGCAUGUGAAGCAUCACCGGAGCCUGACAGUGAGGCGCUGAGGAUGGUACUGGUGGGGAAGACAGGCGCAGGGAGAAGCUCUUCUGGUAACACCAUCCUAGGGAGGCAGGCAUUCCGGGUGGACAUCUCUUCAUGUUCUGUAACUGGUCAGUGUGACAGACAGAGUGGAGUUGUGGCUGGGAGGAACCUCACUGUGGUCGACACCCCAGGGUUCUUCGACACGCGCCUCUCCCCUCAGGAGGUGACAGCUGAGGCAGGCCGCUGUGUGGUGCUGUCUGCCCCUGGCCCCCACUCCUUCCUGGUGACCCUUCAGCCUGGCAGGUUCACUCAGGAGGAGCGGGAUGCCCUGGAGUGGGUCAAGGCCACUUUUGGACCAGGAGCCCUCAGAUACACAGUAGUACUGUUCACCUGGGGUGACCAGCUUCAGGGGAAAAGCAUGGAAGACUUCCUGAAGGAGAGCCAGGAGCUCCAGGAGUUUGUGAGUAGAUGUCAGGGGGGCUACCAUGUCUUUAACAACAGCAACAAGAUAACAGACUGCACUCAGGUCACAGAGCUCCUGGAGAAGAUAGACAAGAUGGUGACACAGAACGGAGGUGGCUUCUACACCAACGAGAUGUACCAGGACGCAGAGAGAGCCAUCAGAGAAGUGCAGGAAGGAAUUCUGGGAGGGAGAAGGAUGACUCCAUUGAAGCAGGAGGAGGAUGGGGUGAAGACAGGGCCAGAGCCUCAGGGACCAGAGGCAGAGAGAAUGAGAAGGAGGGAAGAGGAGGAGAGGAGAAGAGAGGAAGAGGCAGCCAGAAAGAAGGCAGAGAAGUUGUUCUGGUGUGAGCUGGUGUCUGCCUUGGGGAAGGGGGCAGCAGAGGGAGCUGGAGUAACAAGCAAAGGGAAAGGGAAAGCAGUGAAAAAGGUUAAGGCUAUAGAGAGGGCAGCAGCUUUGGCUACCACACCGCUGUCAAUCACAUCAGCUGCCAAAGUGGUGGGAGGAGCUUGUGAGUAUGCAGGAGUAAACAUCCUGGUGUGA